AUGGCCGGUUCCGAAGUACCAUCGUGGUGGCAACUACUACUCCCACAAGACCGAAACGUUACAAAAUCGACGGAGUACGAUCUGAAGAAGUACCUGCUGCUGCUGGCCACCCUGGUGGCGACGGUGACCUACGCGGCGGGGCUCAACCUCCCCGGGGGUUCCUGGCAGGAGGACACUCCGGGAGGGCAGGUGGCCGGCGACUCCAUCCUCCGGGACACCAACUACAGGCGCUACAUCGUCUUCUACUGCUUCAACGCCAUCUCCUUCGCGGCGUCGCUCGUGGUCGGCCUCCUCCUCCUCGUCCUACGCAAGGGCACCGCGGUGUACCUGCUCCUCGUCCUGCAGACGGUGAUGGUGCUCGACCUGCUCUGCCUCGUGGGGGCCUACGCCGCCGGGAGCAGCCACGACAGCUUCACCACCCUCUGCGGUAUCGCCGUGCUGGUCUCCGCGGUCUCCGCCUACGCGACCGUCGUCUUCUUGAGUGUCGUCCUCGUAAGAAUCCGUCCAACACUACGUCGUGUGUCCACAGUAGGCCGAGAUGACGAAGCAGACAAGCUUAAGGCCAAAAAGGCACUAGCUGGCAGCGAGCGCGAGAUCCUGCUGGUGCUCGCCAUCUUCGCGGCGACCAUCGCGUACGUGGCCGGGCUCAACCCGCCCGGCGGCUUCUGGCGGAGCACCGAAGAGGGCCACCACACCGCCGGCGACCCGGUGCUGCAGGCACUCCAUCCCCGGCGCUACAGAUUUUUUUUCGUCUGCAACACCACCGCCUUCAUCGCGUCACUGCUCGCCAUCAUGCUCAUCGUCGAUCGCAAGAAGUUCAGGCUCAACAUAAAGGGGAGUACCCGAGUACCGUAUGUUGCGCUAUAUGUGUGCAUCCUCACAGCGCUCUUGGGCCUCGGGGCCGCCUACGCUGCUGGAAGCUGCAGGGACAGCAAGCACACCAUCUAUGUUCUCUGCCUAGUUGCCCCAGUUGUUGCCUGCAUCUUUGUCCCGAAGAUUCUUAUCGACAAAGACAAUAUUACCGACAGAAACGAAAGCAACCUCAACAUAACGAACGACAACCAAAGGGACGACGAAAACGGUCACAAUGAUCUUCUGGACAAAACACGCGAAUGCGUUCAGUUGCUCGCCGCUCUUGCGGCGACCAUUGCUUACCAAGCAGGAGUAGAUCCACCCGGUGGCGUGUGGUCAGAGAAGGGCGCUGGCCACAGCGUAGGAGACCCAAUACUCUUGACCACUCACCAUGGGCGGUUCGAGGUCUUCUUCUACUUCAACUCGGCAGCAUUCGUGGCAUCCCUCGUGAUCAUGGCAAUGCUGCAGAAGGAGUCUCUGCUUAGACUCCAUGUCCUGGAGAAAGCCAUCAUACUGGACUUGUUUGCCCUCGUCGGCGCAUACGCUACCGGAAGCUGCAGGGACACGAGCACCUCCAUCUACACGGUGGCCAUGGCUGGAGCCGUCCUCAUCUACGUGGUGAUUCACAUUGUCUUCUUCACGACAGCAGAGCACAGUGGCAACGGCAACGGCAACGGCAACCGCAACCGCAACGGCAAAGGCGGUCACCAAGAGCUGGACGAGUACCGUGAGGUGCUGCUGCUUCUUGCAAUCCUGGCCGCGACACUCACGUACCAGGCCGGCUUGACCCCGCCCGGUGGUUUCUGGGAGAAGGACGACGACAGGUCCGGACACCGCGCGGGCUUCCCGGUCCUUCAGGACAAGUACCCUCGCCGCUACAAGGCGUUCUUCUACUGCAACGCGGCAAGCUUCAUGGCGUCUGUGGCGCUCAUCCUCCUCCUCCUGAAUGCAAACCUGUAUAGGCCAGGCAUACGGUGCUACGCGCUGUAUGUCUGCAUGGUAGCGGGCAUGUUCGGCCUCAUGGCGGCCUACGCUGCCGGGAGCUCCCUGCACCUAAGGACCUCCAUCAUUUCGUUAGCACUGGUCAUUGCAGUUUUUGCAGCUCUAGUCUGUCUGGCAAUCGGACUUUAUCAUGUAAGCAACAAGCGUUAUUCAGACGGGGACGAUGAACCGACAGCACAGGGGGAGGACGAGGAGGAAGAACGAAAGGCGAUGGCGAUGGCGAAGGCGAAGGCGAAGAAAGACAACAUGAUGCUGGAGUACCUGAUGCUGGUAGGAAUACUGGGUGCGAGCGUCACCUACCUGACGGGCCUGAAGCCGCCUGGUGGCCUGUGGAGGGAGGACGGCGACGGGCACUCCGCUGGCAACCCGGUCCUCUACGACAUCAGCAAGCCGCGGUACAACGCCUUCUUCUACAGCAACUCUACUUCCUUCAUGGCCUCAAUUGUCGUCAUGGCCCUGCUGCUCCGGCGGAUGAUGUUGCAGUGGCCUGACGUUCACGGCCGCCUCCGCCGCAUGCCACUCUGGCCGAUGCACACGGCCAUGUUUCUGGGCAUGGUCGCCCUCCUGGUAGCCUACGCCGCAGGCAGCGCCCGGGACGCGUGCACGUCCUGGAAGGUCAUCGUGCUGCUCGUCCCCAUAGUGGGCUUCGUCAUGUGCCUGUUCGCCUUCAACAAGAAAAAACAAGAAGUACAGGCCCAAACGAUCCAGAUUCUGCAUAUGAGCGCGCGGCCUGAUGUUGCUUGCCUCGAGCUUGGUUCUCAAGUAGGAGGAGACCUAUAA